CUGGACCACUAUUGAAUAUUAAUGGGCAAUUGCAAGAACAUACGUACACUCGCAUACGAGGAUCGAUCCAACAGACACAAAUACGAGUACAAAUACAAAUACAUCUAUAUCCUAUAUCUGCAGUAGACCCUUUUAACUGAGUUUCGUAUUUCGUAUCGGACAAUUGGCAUUGCGAGCGGUGCGAGAGUUGGGGCGGGUUGAACGAGACAUAGUUAAGUGUCCGACUAAACAAUCGCGCUCUCAGGGGACUGCGUAUAUCAAAUUCAUUCUGAGGUGUUAUCAUAUCACAGCUGAACACAAACAUAUAGCUGAGGAGUACUAAAUGAGUGGCCAGAGUCCACCUCCCGCAUGCCUCUACAGCGGCCUUAACCAACAUAUACGUACUGCGGAGUGUUGAACAUUUGACUAUACCAUACUAACCUAUACAUCACAAGACAUUAAAAUAUCAUGUCGACCCCACAAGCCGCUAACAAUGUCCUCCGACAAACGCCCUCCAUCAAGGAACUCCUACUCAAGAUGGAGACCUUUAAUGCAGACAUAGGCAAGCAAACGGACAGCCCAGGAGUAGACGGUGAAAAGUUCGCACGAAUAGGCUCAGAAACAUCACAGGAUGGGCACCUACCGGCCGCCCGUUCACUGAGUUCGCAGUUUAUGUUAGCUGCCAGUCCUAUCGCCAGGCGUAUCUUCGGUAGUAUAGACUCUGCCGAACCUCUGAACGGCAAUAUGGUUCCUAUGCAAGCUGAAGCGCUGGAGAGCGCAUGGAUUGAACUCCGCAACACAUGGGAUACCCUAGGCCAGAGAAAGCGGAGGAAUAGAGCUAGUGAGUUGGUGGUACAUGGCAUACCCGCGAGUGUGCGCAGUAUGAUGUGGCCUGUGUUAGUGGAGACGGUGAAUGAGGGCAGCAUGCGAGACCUGUACAAUACCCUGCUCAGACGCACCAGUAGCCAUGCAGAAGCAAUUAAACGGGAUAUCAAUACGAUUGUCCUGACACAUCAGGAGCUGCGUAAGCUGGAUGUGAAGGUGGUUAGCCGGGUGGUCGAGGCUUUGGUACUGAAUGAUCUCCAGUGCAGCAAUAUUACUGGAUUGGUGUAUCUGAGUAUGAUACUCCUGAUGCAGUAUGUUGUACUUGGAAUAUAG